CAGUCCCGGGGUGGGAUGGCAGGGGGAGGCAUCCGCAUUGCAGGUGCACCAGAAGCGCCCCUGGGCCUGGCCCUGCUUUGUCUGGGAGGCGUUAGGGUGGAGGCCGGCUGAAUCCGCGUCGCCUUUUCAAAUGCGUUUUGCCACUGAGUGGACGUUAGAGAACCCUCCCUGAUAAGUUACAUUGUCUCCAGUCCAGAUAACCCUUUACGUCACCUGGAUGUCAGCAUGGCGACCACAAACCUGGAGAACCAGCUGCACAGUGCGCAGAAGAACCUCCUGUUCCUUCAGCGGGAGCAUGCCAGCACCCUCAAGGGGCUGCAUGCCGAGAUCCGGCGGCUGCAGCAACACUGCACAGAUUUAACAUAUGAACUGAUGCUCAAAAGUGCAGACCAGACAGGAGACGGGUCUUCUAGAAGCAGCGAACUAAAGAAAAGAUGCGAAGACCUGGAAGCUCAACUAAAAUCCAAAGAGACUGAAAACAGCGAGCUGCUGAAGGAGCUGGAGCAGAAGAACGCCAUGAUCGCCGUCCUGGAGAACACCGUCAAGGAGCGGGAGAAGAAGUACCUGGAGGAGCUCAAGGUGAAGAGCCACAAGCUGAACAUGCUGUCCAGCGAGCUGGAGCAGCGGGCCAGCACCAUCGCCUACCUGACCUCGCAGCUGCACGCUACCAAGAAGAAGCUCAUGAGCGCCAGCGGCACCUCCGACAGCAGCCCAUCCGGCAGCCCCGUGCUGGCCAGCUACAAGCCAGCGCCCCCCAAGGACAAGCUGCCCGAAACACCCCGCCGCCGCAUGAAAAAGAGCCUCUCGGCGCCCCUGCACCCAGAAUUUGAAGAGGUCUACCGAUUUGGGGCUGAGAGCCGGAAACUCCUCCUGCGGGAACCAGUGGAGGCCAUGCCCGACCCCACCCCGUUCUUGCUGGCCAGGGAGUCCGCCGAAGUGCACCUCAUCAAGGAGCGGCCUCUGGUCAUCCCCCCCAUCGCCUCGGACCGCGGCACCAGCGAGCAGCCCAGCCCGGCCCGGGAGAAGCCGCUACACAAGGCCCACGUGGGGGUGGCCCACCGCAUCCACCACGCAGCCCCGGCCCCGCCUGAGGUGGAGACGCUGGCAGUGGACCAGGUGAAUGGAGGCAAGGUGGCGAGGAAGCACUCAGGGACGGACAGAACUGUGUGACGCCCGCCGCGCCGCUGUCCGCGCACUGUGACCACUCCCAAGAACUCACCCGCGCCACAUUUUCUUUUAACGCUCCCGUGCAUGCCAAAGUUUGUUUCAGACCCGUCCAAAGAUGACUCUCCUCUUGCGCCCACACCGACACCGCCACUCGACCCCCCAGAGUCCGCAUUCACUCAUCGCUGUGGCCAAACACCGCGUGCCGACGGCUGCUUCGCCCAUGUAACUCAGCGCCCGCUUGCGGAAGGCCCGGGCCGCAGGCCACGUCUCUGCCCCGGCUCCCGACAGCCCGUCACACCCAGGCGUCGAGCCCAGCAACAUGUACCGUACCGACCUUGACCUGACCCCGGGUGUCCGGGAGCCCGCCCCGCCCGCCCCUCCCCAGGGCGGCACGGCUCGCCGAGCAGCUGUACGCGCGUGUCACGGGAACUAAUAAGAUGACGUGCUCCUCAUACCACCACCUGAAUGUGUGUUCAUAGUUGCUGUGUUUUUUUUGUUAGUUUUAUCCAAAAUGUUCAAGAUCCCAACAAACUUUAUUUUCUAAACCUA